UUAGCCGUCAGGUUAAGUGCACCUACCUGACACUUCCUGCUGUCGUCGUUAUGGGUUUUUCCUUUCAUGCGCGUGGAUGACGUUUCUUACAUAUAUAUCACUGCCAUGUUUGUAUGCCUUCAUCAGAUGUAUUCAAUUAGAAUUUCCACGUCCUCCGGCUGAAGCGCUGCGACCUUGGGUAUUAACUCACAUUUGGAGGAAUAUUGGUUGCGAGGUAGUUUAGCCUGCAUACGAUAGGCCUACUACAAAGAUUGGAUUGUGAUUUGGUGGUUGGAGUUUUUAUUUUCGUUUACGUUACCCAGUUGAUACAGCAGUGAGACGCAACAGCGAGGGACUGACCCUCGUAUUUGUAGAGAUAUGGAUGAGAGGUCAUGUGUGCUGUCCAGCUAAGGGCCCUGGUCGCCCCCCCAUCCCCCCGCUGCACGUUGUCGUGAGCAUGUACCGUAGGAACGGUCUCUCGGAUGGCGCCAGCAUUAACUCCGCCUCCUCAGUGGGAAGCAGCAGCUCGGACUCUCUGGAUGGGCCGGGCUUGGACUUCUCCAAGAGUUACGAUGCCGUUGUGUUUGACGUGCUGAAGGUGACGCCCGAGGAGUUUGCUGGUCAAAUCACAUUGAUGGAUGCUCCAGUAUUCAAAGCAAUACAUCCAGAGGAGCUGGCUAGCUGUGGAUGGAACAGGAAGGAGAAACACCGGCUGGCGCCCAACGUGGUGGCGUUUACACGGAGGUUCAACCAGGUUAGCUUUUGGCUGGUGAGAGAAAUUUUGACUGCCCAGACACUGAAGAUCCGAGCAGAAAUACUGAGCCAUUUUGUUAAAAUAGCCAAGAAACUGUUGGAGCUGAAUAACCUCCACUCCAUGGUGUCUGUGGUGUCAGCCCUGCAAAGCGCUCCCAUCUUCAGGCUGAGCAAGACCUGGGCGCUGAUCAGCCGGAAGGACAAGACCACGUUUGAGAAGCUGGACUUCUUGACAUCCAAAGAGGACAACUACACGCGCAUGAGGGAGUACAUCCGUUCUCUCAAGAUAACACCAUGCAUCCCCUACCUGGGCAUCUACCUAUUGGACAUGAUCUACAUCGACUCGGCCUAUCCAGCAUCGGAUAGCAUCAUUGAGACAGAGCAGAGGACCAAUCAGAUGAACAAUUUGCUCAGGGUGAUCUCUGACCUGCAGAUGUCCUGUAAAUAUGAUCACCUGGUGACCCUCCCCCAUGUUCAGAAGUAUUUAAUGUCCGUGCGCUAUAUCGAGGAGCUUCAGAAGUUCGUAGAGGACGACAACUUCAAGCUUUCUCUGAAGAUCGAACCUAUGCACGGCUCCCCGCGCAUGGCCUCAUCCAAGGAAGACCUAGCAGGUCCGUCGGAUGUGUCUGCCUCUGUGAGGUACAACUACCGGCGACCCACCUGUCCCGACGCCUCGGUGAUGGUGCACAUGCCCACCCCUCCCCCCUCUCGCCACAGGAAGAGCCACAGCCUAGGCAACAAUAUGAUGGCGUACGGCAUGGUGGAGAGUAAGAGCGCCACGUUCCCCAUUGAGAAGCCACGCCACCUGUUGGAUGACAGCUUCCUGGAGUCCCAGAGCCCAGCUCGAAAUGACCCACACAGCAUGGCCAUAUCUAACGGCAUGUCUUUAGGCAGCAGUGAAAGCUCAUUCGGCGAGGAACUCUCGCCAGGGAUGGAAAGGGGACGCAUGUAUGCCACACUGGGCCCCAACUGGAAGGUCCCUCUACGUAAUUCACCUCGGAGCCGCAGCUAUGUUUACAGCCCCUCGGGUGCCAACCCGUGCCACGGGUGCAGCGAGGUGGGCAGUGUUACUAUCGAGGGGCCCCUUCGGAGGAAGACCCUGCUGAAAGAGGGCCGAAAACCCAAGUUGUCAUCGUGGACACGCUUUUGGAUCACUCUGUCUGGUUCGACGCUGACGUUCUACGGGGCCAAAGCCUUGAGGGCCUCCGAGAGGAAGCAUUACAAAUCUUCAGCCUGUAAGAAGGUGUGUGUAACGGGCUGGAUGGUUGUCCUGCCUGACGACCCGGCUCGACCGAACAUCUUCCACCUCAACGACCCGGAUAAAGGUAAUGUUUACAAGUUCCAGACGGGAUCCAGAUUCUCUGCAAUCAUCUGGCACAAAAACCUGGAAGAGGCUUGCAGGAGCUGUAGACCUCAGAUACCAACCAACCUAAUGUCAUUUGAGUAGUGGACAACCAGCCAGCUUGCCCAGUGGGGAGUUAGUGCCAAGCCCUUUUCUAUGGGAGUCUAACAAACUCUGAUAAAAUGGUGGAACGGAGGAAUUGGUUGGAAUCCUAUGAAAUGAGUGGUGAGGAAGUGUAGAAGUGUGUGUGUGUCUGAUUCUACAGACUGGGGCAGAUGCUCUUUACCACUGGGGACACACACACACACAGCAGCGUUAUAGCCAAGGACUACGUGCGAUGUCUCUCUUUCCAGAGCAAGGAAAACAAAUAUGUAAAGCCCCUGUUUCGUGUCAAAGCUUUCUCGCUUGUCGUCGUUUGUUCCGCUGCUAUAAACGUUCUGAGCAAGCUCAUAUUUCUUUGGCCCAUGUUGGGUUUUGCUUAGAAGAAAGGAUUAAAAAAAAUACCUGUAAAUGCACAAAGACUGACAGUGUUAAGAAACUGUGAUAAGGGGACCAGUGACUUGGGCCCUUGGAGUAUCAGCACUGCCAUGGCCCCCUAACUAUUUGAGCCAAUGUUUCAGACCACUGUUGACUGGACACUUUGCAAAACACACGCUAGAUUGAUGCUCAUUGUCGACCCUGGUCCUUACGUCAGGCAGUGGACUGAUACUCAUCGUCGACCCUGGUCCUUGCGUCAGGCAGCGGACUGAUGCUCAUCGUCGACCCUGGUCCUUGCGUCAGGCAGCGGACUGAUGCUCAUCGUCGACCCUGGUCCUUGCGUCAGGCAGCGGACUGAUACUCAUCGUCGACCCUGGUCCUUGCGUCAGGCAGUGGACUGAUACUCAUUGUCGACCCUGGUCCUUGCGUCAGGCAGCGGACUGAUACUCAUCGUCGACCCUGGUCCCUGCGUCAGGCAGCGGACUGAUACUCAUCGUCGACCCUGGUCCCUGCGUCAGGCAGCGGACUGAUACUCAUCGUCGACCCUGGUCCUUGCGUCAGGCAGCGGACUGAUACUCAUCGUCGACCCUGGUCCCUGCGUCAGGCAGCGGACUGAUACUCAUCGUCGACCCUGGUCCCUGCGUCAGGCAGCGGACUGAUACUCAUCGUCGACCCUGGUCCUUGCGUCAGGCAGUGGACUUUACAGCAAAAGUCAUGACUCGUUGAGUUUUCAAAUAAGGGAGAAAGGACUUGGCUUUCUGAACAACUAGUUAUUUAACAUACAAAGGCUCAGCCAAACCUGAACCACCCCCUGCUCAGUCAAACCACACUAUUUACUAUAGCCAUACAAACAAUGUCUGCCGAUUUAAAGACCCAUUUUUUUUUUUUUUUAACUCCAAGUAGGUUGAGCAAGAAAAGCCUUUAUCACCAUUCGUCAUCUCAUCUGAACCAAUAAAGACUUUUCUACCAAUCAGAAAUGAAACAAACACACAGGAAGAAGAAAAAAAAAAACGUAUGUUGCACUUUUUUGUCAUAACAUUUUAAGUUUGAUUCACAACUUUAUUGUCCAUCAAA